AGUCAGGCCAGCGUGUGCAUGAUCCCUUCACCUCAGUAAGUGUUAGUUGUCUUGAAGAGCUGCGGCCGUGGGUCACUGCGGGUCGGGGCAGCACCGCCACCAACAUUACCGGCGGUGUGCGGUGAUGCAACCUUGGCGGAAAAAAAGUAGCCCAUCCCCCGGUGCCCGCAGCACCUACACACAACACUGGUAGUUGAGGACCCGAGGCUAGAGGAAAACAUUAAUGGUCAGGAUAAAACCACCGCCAUCAUCACCUCCAUCAAGACCUAAGCUUAAGCAAGCCUGCAUGACGACCGUCAGUGUCUCCGCCAGCCUCGGCAGCCACGCAGGAAAUCUAAAGUAUCCCAAACAUGACUGAGAAGUUCGACAAUCAAGGCAAAGACAUAUCCCCCGCCAUUGCCGCAGCUUCCUUUCAUGCCACAGGCAGAGCGUCAGUCCCCACGCACGCGGGAAAUUAUAAAUAUUCCGAAAUAUGACUAAUCAAGAUCAUUCGUUCCUAAUAUUAAUUGAGGAGGAAAUAGCGACGUGUGUGUUAUUCUGGGCGUGUGCGACACGGCAGACGCCCCCACGGAGUGCCCAGGGAUUGGUGGCGCGAGGCGUGGCGUGGCGGGCGCUGGCUGGCUGGCAGGCGGGCAGGGAGUAGCUCAGGGCUGCAUAAAUAUAGCCUUUCAUCCGUUCUCUAAGUUUGAGAUUUGUUGUGCUGGGGCCAGUGGGUGCAGUGAUGUAACCUGUCUUGCUGGCUCAGGAGGGCGCGGCCAAAGCCGGGAGACAAGCCGCCCCGUUACCCUGGCGGCAGGGCGCGGACAAAUGAUACCCUACAUAAAGGUGUUGGAUGACAUAUACAGGGACAGCAAGGCAACCAUUGAACUGCACAAGGAACGUGAGAAAAUCCUAAUUAAAAAGUGCUAGACAAGGUGACACUUUUUUUCCAAAAACUAUUCACGGACUCCUUAAAAAUCUUUAAGGAAUUAGAGUGGGAUAGCACGGGAGCCAGGGCAGGCGGUUCACCGUCAUCAUCAUCAGCAGCAGCAUGGCGCGCCUGAUGUGGCUGACGUCAAGCGCCCGUCAGUCCUGGCUUGCGUCACAGGCCUCGAGGAGCUGGCUGACGGCCCGGCGGCACUACCACUCCAACGGCGACCCCCCCAGGAUACUGAUAACAGGAAGCCUUGGACAGCUGGGCACGGGCCUGGCGAAGCUGCUGCGGGAGAAGUACGGCACACAGAACGUCAUCAUGUCAGACAUCGUCAAGCCCACCAAGGACAUCGUCAACUCAGGCCCCUACGUGUUCGCCGACAUCCUGGACUUCAAGUGUCUGCAGGAGAUCGUUGUGACCUACAGGAUAGACUGGCUGGUGCACUUCUCGGCGCUGCUAUCGGCGAUCGGCGAGCAGAACGUGCCGCUGGCCAUCAGGGUGAACAUCGAGGGCCUGCACAACGUGAUGGAGCUAAGCAAACAGUACAACCUCCGCGUCUUCGUCCCCUCCACCAUCGGCGCCUUCGGUCCCGACUCGCCCAGGAACCCCACGCCCAACCUCACCAUCCAGCGGCCGAGGACCAUCUACGGCGUGAGCAAGGUCCACGGCGAGCUGCUGGGAGAGUACUAUCACCACAGGUUCGGGCUGGACUUCCGCUGCCUCAGGUUCCCCGGCGUCAUCUCCUCUGACACGCAGCCAGGCGGCGGCACCACUGACUACGCGGUGCAGAUCUUCCACGACGCCAUCGAGGGUCGGGAGUUCGAGUGUUACCUGAGGCCAAACACGCGGCUGCCCAUGAUGUACAUCGACGACUGCCUCAGAUCGCUGUGGGAGAUGCUCGUGGCGCCCUCUGAGCGGCUCAAGCGGCGCACCUACAACGUCACCGCCAUGAGCUUCUCCCCCGAAGAGAUCGUGACGGCGGUGCGCAGACACUUCCCGGACCUGUGUGUCACGUACAAGCCGGACUCCAGACAGAAUAUCGCGGACACGUGGCCCGAGGUGUUUGACGACAGUGAGGCUCGCUGGGACUGGGGCUGGCAGCACCACUACGAUCUGGAGGCCAUGUGUGAGGUGAUGUUCGCCAACCUGAGGCAGCAGCAGCAGCACCACCAGCAGAUGGAGGGCGUGGCGGCUAGGUGACUCCCCGGCGUGGAGGCGGCGCGUGGGGGUGGCUGACGUGUGUGUUGUGGGUAGUUAGGGUGCUAGGCUCUGUUCAGGUUAACUUGGCGAAUAAGCCCCUCCCUCUCUCCCUUCAGCGAAUAAGCCCCUCCCUCUCUCCCUUCAGCGAAUAAGCCCCUCCCUCUCUCCCUUCAGCGAAUAAGCCCCUCCCUCUCUCCCUUCAACCUUGUACCAUUGUUUAAUUCACAACCAAAUCACGCCCCCUAUCCGACUCUCCGGCUGGAUGUGAUUGGUGGAUGCUGGACGAGACUGAAGCCGUGUGAAUGGCUGCUGGCCUGGGUGGGCGGGGCUUAUUUUCGAGGUUAGCGUGAACAGGGUGUUAGUGCGUAAAGGUGUUUCCAUAGACGUGUUCCGACAGUGCCGAGGCGAAGAAAGUGUGUGUGUGUGUGUGUGUGUGCGUGGGUGGGUGGGUGGGUGGGUGUGGGUCCAGAUGUCUAAGUGACCAGAGCAUCAAGUAGUCUAUAGUUACAUUUGUUCUAUCUUUCUUUUAUCGACGUUCCCUUCAUCACCGCACGAUUUCACUUCUGGUAUGACGAGGAUGAGUUGACACAGGAAGUAAAUAAAUGAAAUAGAUCACAUACUCUUUUCUUCAUCUCUCAACAUACACAAAUCAGUCAUUUAGGAAGGAUCAACACAUUGAUAUCCUGGACUGCCUCGUCUUACCAAAAGAAACAGUCAAAUUCUAUUACUUGUACGUAAAUCUGAACCUGCUGUAAUCUUCGUUGUUUUCCAAAAGGUUUGCACACAAAAACAGCCGUCAAGAAACAGUAUUAUAUAGUCUUAGAAUCCCUCUUAUCACUUUUGUACGUGCGUUAAACGCCUUAUGAAAAUUGUGAUACAUUAGCUCCUUUAGAUUAUUACCUUUUCCUUCUUUCAUGUUCAGUGCAUUUCAAAAGCAAGUCAAUUUUUUGCAAUAACUCAGUUGUCAAUUGAAACGCAGGUGUUCCCGAGGGAAGAAAAGACAGUGAGGGUGGAUGACUCCUUGUUGUAUAUUUCAGUUUUGAUCAAGUUUAGGUUACGAGAUCCAAAGCAUUGUCAGGUCAGCUUAUCCGCACUUUGCUCAACUGAAUCUUCCCUCACACAGAAGCGGUUCUUUUUAGGUUAGCACAGCGUAUGGCUGAAAUACUUUGGUGCUUAAUUCAAACCCACAAAACACAUGGUUGCCUUCAGGUGUGAUUGGUCAAUGCCUGACACGUGACGGGGCCUUCCUCGAGGGUUGUGCUCUGUCCCAGCGGCAAGAUGCUGGUUUUACUGUUCUGCCCGUAUGUCUCCCAUACUGUUAAAUAAUAUAUUUGGCCACGUUACUAUGCACUGUUUGCGCUAUUAAAACGCUCCGCUAUGUGAAGAGACAACGGGCAGGGAUUUAGUCAUACGUGUCUGGGUAGCACUGGUCCACAGGGUAUAGCGAUAGAAUUCAUAAAAUCACAGCUUAUUUGUUUUAAUCAUACACUGUAAAAAAAACAUUGUAAUAUUAAAUGGAACUCACAAUAAAAAAAA